CCGCUCCCACCUACAAAGUGUCGCAUCGCGUGCGUGAUGACGUCACGCCAGACGUUCCACCUCGCGUCAGUCUCAUUUCUGCAGUCCUGAUGUCAACGGAUCGUUAAUGCUGAUUUUCACUUGAAAGACUGAAAAAAAUACAAAGAUGGCUGCUCGGAUUAUGCAAGCAGCAAAAUGCCCGACAGAUGAACUGUCCUUGACCAACUGUGUCGUCAUCAAUGAGAAGGAGCAACACUUUGAAGAACACGUGACGGUGCGAAUUUCAACCCACAAAUACGUUUUCACCUUGAAGAGACAUCCCAGCGUUAACCUUGGGACCAUCGGUUUCAGUCUACCACAGAGAAAAUGGGCAGUUCUGUCGAUUGGACAAGAGGUGGAAGUAACAAGUUAUAAAUUCGACAAGUCCAGACAGUGUAUAAGCACCAUGAUGGUGGACAUAGACUUUCUGCAGAAGAAGAAUGCAGACAGUAACACGUACGACUCCGAUAAGAUGGCCAUCGAGUUCAUCCUGCACUUCAACAAUCAGGCCUUCAGCUGCGGCCAGCAGUUGGUUUUUAGUUUCUCCGAUAAGCUGUUUAACGUAAAAAUAAAGGACAUGGAGGCUAUGGACCCCAGUAUCCUGAAGGCCGGACAGGCAUCUGGCAAGAAGCCGAAGGUUGAGAUCGGUUUGUUGUUGGCAAACAGUCAAGUGAUUUUUGAGAAGUCACCGGACUCGUCCAUGACCCUGGUUGGGAAAGCCAAGACUCGAGGGUCUCGUCAGUCCAUCAUCAGCCCUGACUGGAACUUUGAGAAGAUGGGCAUUGGCGGCCUUGACAAAGAGUUUUCAGACAUCUUCCGUAGAGCCUUUGCCUCCCGGGUCUUCCCUCCAGACAUAGUGGAACAGAUGGGCUGUAAGCAUGUAAAGGGAAUCCUGCUGUACGGACCCCCAGGCUGUGGUAAAACCCUGAUGGCGCGGCAGAUUGGCAAGAUGCUCAAGGCCCGCGAGCCGAAGAUCGUCAACGGUCCCGAGAUCCUCAACAAGUACGUCGGAGAAUCUGAGGCCAACAUCAGGAAGUUGUUUGCAGAUGCUGAGGACGAACAGAAGAGGCUCGGUCCCAACAGCGGCCUUCACAUCAUCAUAUUUGAUGAGAUUGACGCCAUCUGUAAGCAGCGUGGCAGCAUGGCAGGCAGCACAGGCGUCCACGACACCGUCGUCAACCAGCUGCUGUCCAAGAUCGAUGGCGUGGAGCAGCUGAACAACAUCCUGGUCAUAGGUAUGACCAACAGACCUGACCUGAUAGAUGAGGCUUUGUUAAGGCCCGGAAGACUGGAGGUGAAGAUGGAGAUUGGGUUACCAGAUGAAAAGGGUCGCAUUCAGAUCCUCAACAUUCACACGGCGAGGAUGCGUCAGAAUGAGCUGCUGGCCACUGACGUAGACAUUGAGGAGCUGGCUGUGGAGACAAAGAACUACAGUGGUGCCGAACUGGAAGGCCUCGUCAGGGCUGCACAGUCCACCGCUAUGAACAGACAUAUUAAGGCUAGUAACACAGUGGAGGUAAACAUUGAGACUGCCGAGAAGCUGCAGGUCAGCAGGCUGGAUUUCAUGGCCUCACUGAGUAACGACAUCAAACCUGCCUUUGGAACCAACCAGGAGGACUAUGCCAGCUACAUAAUGAAUGGCAUCAUUCGGUGGGGUGACCCCGUGUCGGCGGUCCUGCAGGACGGGGAGCUUCUGGUGAAGCAGACGAAGGACAGCGACCGCACACCACUGGUCUCUGUGCUUCUGGAGGGCCCACCCAACAGUGGUAAGACUGCUCUGGCAGCUAAGAUCUCUGAAGACUCCCAGUUCCCCUUCAUCAAGAUCUGCUCCCCCGACAAGAUGAUCGGACACUCAGAGAUUGCCAAAUGUCAAGCCAUCAAAAAAAUAUUUGAAGAUGCCUACAAGUCCCAGUUGAGCUGCGUGGUUGUGGAUGACAUUGAACGUUUAUUGGACUUCGUGCCCAUUGGCCCUCGUUUUUCCAACCUGGUCUUACAAGCUUUGCUGGUGCUGCUGAAGAAACCUCCUCCAAAGGGUCGUAAGCUGCUGAUCAUUGGCACCACAAGCCGUAAAGAUGUCCUCCAGGAGAUGGAGAUGCUGGAUGCUUUCAGCACCACCAUCCACAUUCCCAACAUCUCAGGAGGUGAUGAGCUGGUGGAGGCCCUGGAGCUGCUGGGCAGUUUCCAGGAGAACGAGCGGGCCAGCAUAGCUAGGGCUGUGAAGGGCCAGAGGCUGUCUAUUGGCAUCAAAAAGCUGCUCAUGCUGAUUGAAAUGGCUGCACAGAUGGAUCAUUCCUUCAGAGUAACCAAGUUCCUGAGUCUACUGAAGGACGAAGGAGCACUGGGUCCCAAAGCUUCUGUGGUCAUCUAGACAGUGGAGCCUCAUAGUGAAGGAUGCCUCUGGUUCACUGUUGCUGAGGAACGGAAGCCUGGAGGAGAGUGGCAGGAGGAAGCCGGCGAGAGAUACUUUCCAUCUCUCCCGUCCCUGAAGCUCAGUGCACUUCUGUCUGCACAAGCACAAGCCAAGCAGGCAGCCUCCUCCCCUUCAGCAUCUCCACUAACAUGAAACAGGAGACGUGUUCGUGGCAUCUCUGUGCAUUGUGUUGAGAUGCCACUAACACAUAAACACUAAUGUUAGUGUGGAGGCACACAUGUAAUGAGUUCACUCCAGAGCAGCCUUGUUCUUUGUAUGAAUAAAUUAACUAUAUCACUAACACUCUUGCAAACUGGGUGUCAGCUGCUUGAUGAUGAGCUCCUUUGUUUAUUGUUUAUGGGAAGCAAAAUACACCAAGAAUUUAGUGGGUAAUAAAGUUCAGGAUUGGACAUUGA